UACCAACAAAAAUUUUGUUUAUUAACCAAAAAAAAAAAAAAUUUGUUUGAAUUUCCAAAGAGGUGAUUUCCUUACUACAAGAAAGACCCUGUUUUAGCAAAAUGGAAGGGGAUGGUUUUGCAAAGGGAAAAUGAGCCAAAAAUGUUAAUUGGACUUUGGUACUAUUGAAUUACGCUUAUUAGCCUUACCAAAAACGUGAUACUGCCCUGGAAAACCCCAUUCAAGUUCAACACCAUGUUUGUCCUAAACCCUUCCCCGCCAUUUUUUCAGGUCACAAUUCGUACCCCUCAGCUGUGCUAUCAGCAGUUCCACCACUAUCCUCCAUUUCUUAAUGUUGUUAAUUCAAUUCCACCCCAAUUUGACAAGAGGGUUUCUGAAUUCACCACUAAAGCAACCCAAAAACACCAAUUUAAGAUGCCAAAUUUUGAACAUCUCGAUGAAGAAGAAUAUGAUUCUGAUGAAGAGGAUGACGAGGAGGAUGCGGGUGAGUUUUCUGGAAGAAGAGGGUUCAAGGGAGAGGAAGAUGGCAAAGAUUAUGAUAAAGACCCUGAGUUUGCAGAUAUUCUUGGGAGUGUUGUGGAUAACCCUGAAAAAGCUAGGACCAAAAUGGAAGAGAGGUUGAGAAAGAAAAGGAACAGAAUUUUACACACGAAAACUGGUUCGGCAACCCCUAUGAAGGUGACAUUUAAGAAGUUUGAAUUCUCAAAUUCAUACAUAUGGUUUGAAUUCUAUCAUGCUCCUCUGGAGAAAGAUGUAGCCUUGAUUUGCGAUACAAUUCGAUCAUGGCACAUUGUUGGACGACUCGGAGGAUGCAAUUCAAUGAAUAUGCAAGUAAAAUGCCAGAUUUACUUUUUUCUUGAUUGCAUGUUCAAAUUGAAUUUUCAUAUGGUUGCAGUAUACAAUCAAUAUAUCCUGUUUUUCUCAGGCUUGUGUUAUAUAAAUAUAUAGAUCAGGAAAGUAAUCGCAAUUAAUCUGGGAAGUAAGAUUCUGUGUUCAUUGAUUGGUGUUGUCCAAACCUUUCUUGUUUGGGCAGUUGUCACAAUCUCCUUUGGAUAAAAGACCAAGUUAUGAUGCUGUUCAAGGAGCAAAUGUCUCACCAACUACAUUUUAUAACAUUGGAGAUCUUGAAGUUCAAGAUAAUCUAGCUCGCAUAUGGUAGCUUAAACUUACUGUAAUCGGGAUUUGAUCUAUAAUAUCUUGUCUGAUGUGAAAAUAUUGAGCAACCCUGUUUCUGAGAAGUCAGCUAUCAAUUUUGCAGGGUUGAUAUUGGGACAAGUGAACCGAUGCUUCUAGACGUUUUAAUUAAUGCCUUGACCCAGAUUAGCUCUGAGUAAGAUCAAAAUUUUUUUUUCUCUGAACAGUUCAUUUUAUUCUAGCCAAUCUGCGCCUCAUCUAGCUACAAUUUCUUAAUCGACAUAUUUUCCAUGUUGUAGGACCAACUUAACUUACUGAUUUCUUUCUAUUUUUGGGUAAAACCUAUGGUUGUGUUAUGGAUGAGAGGCAAAAAAUCAUCUGUCUAAAUGUAGGCGUGCUCACUGGCUUCAUUGAUCUCCUGUUUCUUGUUUAUCAGCUAUUUGGGGAUCAAGCAAGUGGUAUUUGGCGGAGCUGAAUUUGAGAAUUGGAUUGAGAACUACACAUCAGAGGAUGCUGGUUGUAGCGUUCACAAAAUUUAAGCAGCUAGUAGCUGAAUACCAUACCUGUGAGUGAUUCCCAUGGUCAGUAACCAGAUUCCUCAUCCUAUGAGUGUUGCCCGUGGCAUACUACUGGAAAGAAGAAUGCAAGACUAACAGGCAGUGAAAGAUGAUGCUAUUUCAUGAAACAGUCUUGGCAUUGUUCUUCAGCCAAUGCAAGUGUGGGAGGAAAGAAAGUAGAACCAAUCAGUUACCCUCACCAGAAGAGAUAAUUUCUUGCCAAAUUUCAAGGGGAUGAUGAGAUCAGGCUGUGAGAUGAUGUGUUUUUGUGAGGCUUUAUAUCGGUAGCAUGUCAUGUAACAUCUAUUCUCAGGGUCUAACACAGUCCUUACCAUUUGAGCCUGUUACAUGCAAUUUUCCUCAAAUUAUACAUAUUAGUCCCGCAUAGUCGGUUUAAUGUUUUUAUUGUUGUGGAAGUCAGGUUUAUUUUUCAUUUCUCCGCUACCUUCCUCGCCAGAAGCACAGUCGAGAACCGUCUCUUAUGAUGUAAACAAUAUGCACUUUAGUGCCAUUGUUGCGAGCAUAC